AUGGAAGCCUUGACAGCGAUUGGCUUGAUUGCCAAUAUCGUUCAAUUCCUCGACCUCGGCGCAAAGCUUAUCGGCUCUGCGAAGGAAAUGCGCGACUCUGCCAGCGGCAUGACGGUGGAGAACAAGAGCUUGGAAGAAGUUACCAUCGAGAUGCGCGAUCUCACGUCGAGGCUGGACCCACCCACCACGAAGGCGAGAAGCGACGACGAAAAGGCCCUCCGUCGGUUAGCUCAAGAAUGUCACGAGUUGUCAGACCAGAUCCUCCGCCUUCUGAAGAAGAUUGCCCCCAGCAAGCCGAACUCAACCCUUCGUUCGAUUCGAUCAGCAAUUAGAACUAUCAAGUACAAGGACGAAAUGAGAGAACUCGAGGACAAGCUAGCAAAAUGCCGUGACCAGCUGCAUCUACAGUUAGUCAACAUUGAGACAUCGGUGUUAAGAUCAUUUUCUGAUAUGACAACAGUUUGGAAGUGCAAGGGCAACUUCACGCUCUUGCAACGCUUGCGCAUACGAACGAUGGUAUGCUGA